AUGAAAGAUAUAACUACUCAAGCACUUGGAUUUUCUAAAACAAACAACACCAAUGCAGAAAUCAAAAGAAUGAGUACACCUGGGUAUAAUAAAAUUAAAACUAAGAUCAAACUAGCUCCUAUAGAAACUUCUCCAGUAGCACUACCUAUUGAAAUUAUUAGCACUACUAAUAACUUAGAAAUAGAAUCACAGGAUAAUCCAC